AUGAGUUGCGGGAAACUCGUCGAUCAUGAUGGCGAGAUGGGAGCCGAUCUCGAUCCCUUGAAUCUCGUCGGGUGCGACUGGUGGUUUGGUGUCGAUCCGGAGUCUCGGAGGAUCGUCGGUGUGGGUGGUCAGAAAGACCCCUGGAAGCUCGAGAGUUGGGAUGACGCCGAUCACGAUCUCCUGAAGUGUGACUAUCGAGAAGAUCGGAUUGUCGUCGAUCUUGAGCGCCGGAAGUACGAACAUCCUGACGCAUGGAGCGGUCCCGUGAAGUUGGUCGGUCAGGCGCUGUCACGUCCGGCGUUGCGAGACCUUGGAAUCGGGCAGAGGAGCGGCUCUUGGUCAAAGUUCUUGAACCUUUCCUGCCCGCCAGUGGAUGUUGAUCUUGAUCGCAGCAUUGCUUCGCUGACUCGUGUGGUGGAACAAGCGUUGUGCUCGAACGUUGCCUUCUUCGCUACAGAUGGUUCUGCAAAGGAAGAGGUUGCUGCAUGGGCGGUGUAUGUGCCCAAGCUUGACAGCGGUGUUGCGGGUGGUGUCCGGGGUGAGGAUCAGUCUUCCGUUGGCGCCGAGCUGGAAGCUUUGAUUCAGCUUUGUGGUGCCAUCUUGAUUGGACUUGAUCAGCCGCACACCCGUUGCGGACACAUUGUUGUGGCAGUGGAUAACAAGUCGGCCAUUGGUGUUGCAGAUGAGUGUUGUCACGCUGAGACCACUCUACUUGCUCUCCGGCUUGUCAAUGCGGUUCGGGCCAUUCCACAAAAAGUGAUGUGUGAGAUCGCUUGGGUUCCGUCGCGCAGCAAAGUGGUCAAUGGAUGGAUGCCUUGGAACGGUCACGCUGAUCGCUUGGCCAAUUCAAAAGGCGUGUUCGCAAAAGAGCGCACCAAGGCGGAAACGCUGGUGAUGAAGAUGCUUGACAGCCCAGUGGCAGUGGUAUCCGGAAGCUUGACAGCACUCUUCCGGCGUAUUGACCUGACACGAGCAGAGGAGCUUUUGCGGUGCCUUCGCGAGACAAGCGUGCGGCACUGGCUUUUGGGCAUUUCGGCCCUUCUCCGCUCUGAAAGGCAUGUGAGCUCCCAAACCGUCGAGCAGUGGAUGCAGCGCGCCAUCGAGUCCAAGGUUCCUCUUGAAGCUCAUCUAUUUCACAGUGCGAUCAAUGCCACGGCGCGAUUAGGGCAACCGGAGUUGGCUGAGAACUGGCUCGAGAGAAUGACAAGUCAUUUUCCACCAGAUUCCAGCUCCAUUGGCGCUGUAGUUUCCGCCUACAAACUUGCGAAGAAAAAAUCUGCAAGCGACUAUAUGCAGCGGGUCAAGGCCAAGGAGAUGCAAUUAGACUGUGCGGCCUUCAACCAGAUCAUCAAGAGUUGCAUCCAUGUAGAGGAUUUGGAGGCUGCAGAUCGGUGGCUUCAGCUCGCUGUAGAUUUGGGAGCGGGGCCUUUAGAAUCUCUGUGGAUCAGCAGUGUCGUGGGUGGUGGUAUCCGCUUGGGCAAGGCAGACAUCCCAGAGAGGUGGAUUUGCUUCCAAGCAGAGAAUGGCCUCUCACGAGAUUCCAGCAGCUUCAACGCCGUGAUCGCCUGCCACAACCGCCAGGGAAAUUUCCAUGCAGCAGAGCGCCUGGUGCGGUUUAUGUGCCAGUAUGGCAUUGAGCCAGAUGUGGUGACCUUGGCAGCGGCGGUGCACAGCUUUGCACGGGGAAAGCGACCUAAGAAAGCUGAGGAAAUGUUCGAGAUGAUUUUGAUGCGUGGACAAACCCGUGCAGAUGUUGUUAGCUUCAAUGCCUUGAUCGAUGCAUGGGUGAAAGCCGAAGAUGUCCAGCGGGCCAAGUACUGGCUCGAACGGAUGCUGGAGGUCGGGGUGGAGCCAACAGUGAUAAGCUAUACCACAGUCCUGAACGCCUACGCAAAGCAGGGCAACAUUGAGGCAGCUGAGGAGAUCAUGGAGCAGAUGAAAAGCAAGCAACUGGAGGCAAAUGUCGUCACCUACACCGUGCGAGGGCUUGGUUGUGGGAUGCGGUUGCCCGGAAGUCCAGCGACGAGGGGACUUUCAUGUUCCUCUGAAUGAUCCACAAUAGUCUGUUUCCAAAUGAUGCCCUCUAGAAAUGAUAGGUGACUGCCUAUAUUGGAUGGAUACAGCCUGGAUAUGCUGAGUUUAAAGGAAGUGUUUUGAGGGCUUAUGAUCGUGCCAGGUCCACUACAUUACUAAGACUAAGGGAUUUCCCCUUUGGUCUUGGCCCAAAACCGAUUCCGCAGCUCACCAAGUCAGACAGGCAUGAAAGAAAAUCAAUUGUCCUCAACGCACCGCCAAAUCCUGUCAAUGCAAACAAAUCACAAUCACACACGGGGCAUAGCCCCGCCCAUUGGUCAGAUUCACACAUAGUCCUGCAGGGCCAAACUGUGCUCUACACAUUUCAGUUGCAAAAACCUACACGCAAUGCAAUACUGUACUCAUCUACUCUGGAUCCGCUAGAAGUUACUGUUGAUCUCAUGUCCGGUCUUUCUUUCCUGUUCUUGUCAUUUUUUGGUUACUGUAUUUGUUUGCUCAAACCGUACUUCUGGGUCCCUUUCAGCAAACACCACUAUGGCCCCAACUCGAAGUAAAAGAGGAUAGAUUCACACUUGCAUGUAGCUUGCGUUUGCAAGGUUUAUAUGUUCACAAAGGUCGCCGAAAUGUUCCACCGGGACAUUUUGGCUCAAGAGAGAAGCAGUGUCGAUUCACUGCAUGUUUGCAAACCUUGCAAUUCCUUGUCCUUCCAGCACCCUAUGGCUUCGCCAGUGGAACAGGAAUUCGCCAUGAUUGACACUGCCGUGGAGGGCGAAACUUUCGACGUGGACACAGUUCCUAGCUCUGACAUGGCCCGAGGCCGACCUGGCAGCUUUUGCACCAUGGUGGAAGAGCUGGAUCUGGGGGCACAGCUGGAGCCGCGGAGCCAUCCCAGACAAGCCACCCACUAAGAACAUGGUUUACUGGCUCCACUAAUCUGGGGACCCAGCCACACACCCCUCAAAACCACACCGCAGCCCUCGAGCUGCCCGGCACACUUCUACGACAACAGGGUGAGGUUCCUGG